CAGAAAAAAACCAAAAGAUGACGAAGUAACGAAUUUCAGUGAAUAGAAAGUUGAUCGUUGGAGACCCAUUUUUUAAAUUGUAAUUUUACGUUAUUAUUUAUUACUUUGUAGUUAAUAGAAGAAUAUUUUUCUUCAACAACACAUUACAAUAUGCAAAGUCCUCCUACAAUAGAUCCAGAUGUGCGUGAUGAUCCAGUGGGAUGGAGAUUUUGGAGAAAACGUCGAUACGUUGUGGCUAUAUUGGUUUAUGUCGGAUAUGUAGUUACAUACAGUCUUCGAGUGAAUUUAAGCGUUGCAAUUGUUGCAAUGACUUCUGACACAUCAGAGACAAAAGCAGAAUUUCAUUGGGACUCAAAACUUCAAGGCAUCGUACUGAGUUCUUUUUUCUAUGGGUAUGCUAGUACUCAGCUUCUCGGUGGAUGGCUGAGUUCUCGAAUAGGUGGAAAGAGAGUAUUUGGUAUUGGAAUAGGUGUAACUGCACUUUUGACUGUUAUAUCACCACCAUUAGUCAGGAUGAACGUCUAUGUAUUCAUUGGAUUACGAAUUAUUGAAGGAAUUUGUGAAGGAAUAACAAUGCCAUGCUCUCAUGCUAUUUGGUCGAAGUGGGCUCCACCACUAGAAAGAUCGAAGUUGGUAUCAUCAUCUUUUGCUGGAAGCUUUGUUGGAACUGUAGUUGCUAUGCCUUCUUGUGCCAUUAUGGCUAAUAAACUUGGAUGGUCAUCUAAUUUUUAUGUUUUCGGCAUGUUAGGAUUAGUAUGGUUUGUGUUGUGGUGGAUCUAUGUCACAGACGAUCCUGCAGAUGAUCCUAGAAUAUCUGAAUCGGAAUUAAAGUAUUUACAGCACACUCUUGGAAAAAGUGAAAAGAAGACCAUUUCUCAACCUUGGAAAGCAAUGUUUACAUCUUCAGCAGUCUGGGCCAUCAUAGCAGCCCACUUCAGUGAGUUGUGGGGAUUCUAUACCAUGCUAACUCAGCUGCCAAAAUUCAUGAAAGAUGCUUUAAAUUUCAACUUAAAUGAAGCUGGAUACUUAUCGGCAAUUCCUUACCUAAUACUUGCUUUUGUUCUACCAGUUUCUGGUAUUCUAGGAGAUUAUGUCAUAUCAAAGAAUUUUUCAAGUACAACUAAUGUUCGUAAAAUCGCUACUUGUACUUCUUUUUUAAUCCAAACAGUGUUCAUAACAAUGACUGCGUUUGCUGAAUCAGCCACAGUUGCAGUGGUUGGUUUGUGUUUAGCCAUAGGUCUUGGGGGAUUUGCAAUGUCUGGAUUUGGAGUCAAUCACUUGGAUAUCGCUCCUCCACAUGCAAGUGUUCUUUUGGGAAUAAGCAAUACUAUAGCUACUUUUGGUGGUAUCAUCAGUCCAUUACUUUCUGGUUACAUUGUUCAAAAAGGAACUGCUGCUGAGUGGAGAAUAGUUUUCCUCAUCACUGGAGCAAUUUAUUUAAUUGGAGCAUUGAUUUAUGGCAUUUUUGCUUCCGGGGAAUUGCAAAAAUGGUCUAAAAAUAGUGAUAUUGAAAAAAAUGAGGAUUCACAUACUUACAGUAAUCGUGUAUUAAAUGUAGACGCUCAUAUGUAAUGAACUCGUCAGACACAUUUACAAUCAUGUAUUUAAAUGUAUUCCUUUAAUGGAAGAAAUGAAUAAUGUGAAAAAUGCAAAUGAAGUUCUUUCAAUAAAUUAUUUUUAUA